UCUAAAUCUCUAUGUGGGAGUAGUCCAUCCCUCUUCCAGCUUCCCUUUAACCUUCAUUUCUCAAACAUUCCCACUUCCUUUUUAUUAUUUUCUCCCCUAACAUUCUCUGUGGAGCCCUCAGACUUUUAGCUUCUUCAGCUAUGGAUGGCCAAGAAACCACGUCACCGCCGGCUGUGCCACCGUUAUUACCACCACUUACCCCUCCUUUCCUCUCAACCCCAUCCUCCUCACAACACCCUCCUUUAGAUACUGAAAUUAUCCCCGAUAUUGAUUGGGUUAGCCUCCUAUCCGGUCAAUCUUUUUUGGGUCAUGAUGAUCAGAGCAAGCCAAUGGUUGAAGCUUCUUCUUUGAUGGGCCAAAACGGAGAGACUGAGAAUGGCAAGAGGAAAGGUUGUCGGUUCAAAAAGACAAUCCGGCCGAGGUUUGCGUUCCAAACCAGGAGUGCUGAUGAUAUUUUGGACGAUGGGUAUCGGUGGAGAAAGUAUGGGCAAAAAGCCGUUAAAAAUAGCAAUUAUCCAAGGAGUUAUUACCGAUGUACACAUCCCACAUGCAACGUGAAGAAACAAGUUCAGAGGCUGGCAAAAGACAGCAGCAUCGUGGAGACUACUUACGAGGGAAUUCACAACCAUCCUUGCGAGAAGCUAAUGGAAACCCUAACCCCUCUUCUGAAACAAAUGCAAUUCCUUUCUAGGUUUAAUAUCAACUUCCAACCCUAA